GUUAAAGUAAGCUUACUCAUGUGACGCUCUCACAGCUUGUUGGAGUCCUAGGGGGUGAGGCAUGGCGCUCCGUGUGGUUUGCUUCAUCAGUACCGUAUUUAGUUUAGUUCAUUUAACACCGUUACAUCUGCCCAAAGGGGAAUAUGGAUUCAAACAGUGGAUGUCACAGCACAACAAGGUUUAUGAUCUUGAGGAGUAUUACCACCGGCUCCACAUAUUCACUGAGAAUGGCAGAUUUAUUGAACAUCACAAUGCUGGAAAUCACUCAUUCACAAUGGGACUGAAUCAGUUCUCAGACAUGACGUUUGAGGAAUUCAGGAAAUUAAUCCUCUUGACAGAGCCUCAGAACUGCUCAGCUACUACAGGUAGUCAUGUCAGCGGGGCUGGUCCUUAUCCCGAGUUUGUAGACUGGAGGAUGAAGGACAAUGUUGUGACUCCCGUGAAAAAACAGGGUCACUGUGGAAGCUGUUGGACCUUCUCUGCUACAGGCUGUUUAGAGUCAGUGAAUGCUAUUGCUACCGGGAAGCUAAUACCUCUGUCCGAGCAGCAGCUGGUAGACUGUGCCAAAGACUUCAAAAAUCAUGGAUGCAUGGGUGGACUCCCAAGCCAGGCAUUUGAGUACAUCAAAUACAGCAAGGGUCUUAUGACAGAGGAGGACUAUCCCUAUAAAGGCCAUGAUGACAGUUGCCAUUUUGAGCCUGCACUUGCAGCUGCUUUUGUCCGGGAUGUUGUCAACAUUACAAGUUAUGAUGAAAAGGCCAUGGUUGAUGCUGUGGCCCGGCUCAACCCUGUGUCUUUUGCCUUUCAAGUCAAGGCUGAUUUUAUGCACUACAAAGAAGGUGUCUACACAAGCACUCAGUGUGAGAACACAGCAGACAAGGUGAAUCAUGCAGUCCUGGCUGUGGGUUAUGGCAAUGAGGAGACCGGCAUGCCAUAUUGGAUUGUGAAGAACUCUUGGGGCACAGCCUGGGGAAUGGAUGGAUAUUUUUUGAUCGAGCGAUGGAAAAACAUGUGCGGACUGGCUGCGUGCUCUUCCUACCCUCUACUUUUAGAUUAAGGAGUAACAUGGCAACAACGUGGACAACUGAUAAAACUACAGUAAAAUGUCACCCAGUGACAACAUAUAU